AUGUCUGACUGCAGCAAUGAUACUUCAACUCUUGGUACAUCUAAACAAGCCACAGAAGAAGUCGAGUCUAGUUCUGAGGAGUCUACCAUGGCUCAAGAAUCUCCAAAAAAUGCAGCAGCAGAAAUCCCAGUGACUAGUAAUGGGGAAGUUGACGACUCUCAUGAACAUGGCUUUAAUAGGGAUUUGCAGCGUUCAUUACCAGCUGGACUUGGUCUCUCAGAAACGCAAAUCACAUCUCAUGGCUUUGACAGUACCAAAGAGGGGGUUAUUGAAGCAGGAGCAUUUCAAGGUUGCCCAGCACCACCUCUGCCAUCUGUUAUGUCCCCCAGCAGGGUGGCAGCUAGCCGACUGACUCAACAAGGAAGUGAUUUAAUUGUUCCUGCAGGUGGCCAAAGAACACAGACAAAAAGUGGGCCAGUUAUUCUAGCAGAUGAAACUAAAAAUCCUGCAAUGGAAAAGUUAGAACUUGUUAGAAAAUGGAGUCUAAAUACCUACAAGUGCACUCGACAAAUUAUCUCUGAGAAGCUGGGCCGUGGAUCAAGAACUGUGGACCUUGAACUUGAAGCUCAGAUUGAUAUAUUAAGAGAUAACAAGAAAAAAUACGAAAAUAUUUUAAAACUGGCUCAGACCCUGUCGACCCAGCUUUUCCAGAUGGUGCAUACCCAAAGGCAACUUGGAGAUGCAUUUGCUGACCUGAGUUUAAAAUCACUGGAACUCCAUGAAGAAUUUGGCUAUAAUGCAGAUACCCAGAAGCUGCUAGCUAAAAAUGGAGAGACUCUUCUAGGAGCCAUUAAUUUUUUCAUUGCCAGUGUAAACACUUUGGUGAAUAAAACAAUUGAAGAUACAUUAAUGACCGUGAAACAGUAUGAAAGUGCCAGAAUUGAAUAUGAUGCAUAUCGUACUGAUUUGGAAGAACUGAAUCUUGGACCACGUGAUGCAAACACUCUGCCAAAGAUUGAGCAAUCACAGCAUCUGUUCCAAGCACAUAAGGAAAAGUACGAUAAAAUGCGCAAUGAUGUUUCUGUCAAGUUAAAAUUUCUAGAAGAAAAUAAGGUUAAAGUAUUACACAAUCAGCUGGUCCUUUUUCACAAUGCCAUUGCCGCAUACUUUGCUGGGAAUCAGAAGCAGCUUGAACAGACACUUAAACAGUUCCAUAUCAAAUUGAAAACCCCUGGAGUUGACGCCCCGUCUUGGCUUGAAGAACAGUAA